CACGCUGAGCCCGCCUAGGCCCCUAGACGCGCCUACUCGGAUGGCGUCUUGCGCUGUCGAUAUUGACACUUUGAUUCUAGGUUAUGUCUCGUUAAUCAAUUAGAAUAUUAGCGAUUAAGUGAUUAGUUUUAAAAAAGGGUGGUAUCUUCUUUUUCUCCUUUUUUUCUUUUAUAAACAUGUAAAUGCCGAAACUACAAUGCCACGGAAGAUACGCGUCAUGUUUGCGACCGCGACAGUGUUGGGUAUAUGUGUCGUGAUAUUUCAGUUAUGCUUAAUAUUCCGCGGUCGCAAAAGAUUGUCCUUUCUCUCAGAUGACGACGUGCCUGUUAUAUUAUGGUGGACGCCGUUCGGUAAUAACAAUCGGAUGAAAACCUGCGAGAACUCUAGAUGCUACUUUACGCACAAUAAAACGUUCGAGAGGGAUGCGCGUUUAAAAAGUAUUCUGUUUUACGGGAGUAAUCUCCGGGUUCGUGAUUUGCCCAAUUGGAGGAGCAGUGCCAUAUCUUGGGGCUUACUUCACGAAGAAUCGCCCAGAAAUAAUCCUAUACUCGUCCAUGAAGAGGCGCUUAAUCUUUUCAACUACUCUUCGACUUUUAGCAGAUUUAGUAACGUACCACUCACGCUUCUUGAUUUACCUAGUCUGGAGGAAUUAGUAGCAAAGUCGUAUUACAUAUCAACCAAAGAGAAAUUCGCAUUGAUGCAUGUGGAGAAUUUAGCAUCAGUAUUAUACAUUCAAUCUGACUGUGAUACUGCUAGUGACAGGGAUCGCUACGUCGUAGAGUUAAUGAAACACAUACAAGUCGAUUCCUACGGAGCAUGUGUGAAUAAUGCUCAGCUUGACGACAGGUUGAAGAACAACUACCUCAGUAUUUUAAGUGAUCGUGAAUUCUUGUCCUUUGUGGCCAAAUAUAAGUUUACCAUAGCCUUUGAGAAUGCGAUUUGUGACGAUUAUAUCACAGAAAAACUGUGGAGGCCACUUAUUGUCGGCUCUGUACCAAUAUAUUACGGUUCACCAUCCUUCAAGGAUUGGCUACCAAAUAACAAAUCUGCCAUCUCAAUAUUAGAUUUCGCUGGUCCGCUAGAACUCGCCAACUUUUUGCACAAUCUUUUAAAAAACGAUUCCGCAUACGAAGAGUACUUGUCUCACAAAUUAAGCGAACGCGAAAAUCGCGUUACGAAUAGCAAGUUGCUACACGCACUCGAAGCGAGACCGAUGGGAAUUCCUAAUGGAUUUGGGAAUUACAUGGAAGAAUUCGAAUGCUUUGUCUGUGAACGAAUACAGAAUAAUCGUGAAAUAGAACAGAGCGUAGUAACGAAAAAACAGUACGAUUGUCCUUUGCCAAGAGAUCCGAUAACAGGUGAAAUCAAUAAGCGCAUCUGGUGGACCGAACAGUGGAAUAUUGAGAAAUGCGGAGCUAAGCUGUUAACUCAUUACAUAACUAAUAACAUCAGCAUUAAUAUAAAUCGUUUCGAUGAACAGAAGAUGACUAUGUAUGAUAAUAAUGAAUGCUGAAGCACAUAAAAAAAAAACAAGAAAAUCUAGGAUUUUUACCAUUUUUGAUAAUAUAAAUACUCGAAUAUAUACAAUUUUUUUCACAAUUUUUUGAUAAUAUAAAUACUCGAAUGAUUCUUAGUGAGCUGUAGUGGGAAUUAUGAAUCCGAAUAAAUUUUAUAAGUAUUUCUAUUUUUCUUUUUUCUUUCUUUUUUUUUUUUGGUAUUGUAGAAAUAUUUUUUACAUAUUCAGUCUGUAUAAAAUAACGCAUUAAAAAUUAUUAAAUGCAUUUUACAAAAUGUAUAAGCUUGCAUGAUACAAAAAGAUUAUGUUCUCGCGCGUACGUAUGUACAAUAUAUUUUUGAAUUGUAGACAGUAUUAGAGUUUAGCAUUAAAGUCUUACUUGACUGUAAGAAUUGUCGCAAUCUCUACCUUAUAACUGCAUAUUAUAUUAGCGAUAAAAUUUUGUCUCGCUUUAUGUCAUUUAAGUGUAGAAAUAAAAUAUAAUUUUAAUAAAAA